ACGCUCAGUGAGAUCCUCCUCAAUACCCCACCCGCCCUCCUUCUCCAACACCCCAAACCCCCUUACCAUGAUGACACACACACCCCCGGAUGCGGGAAAAUCCUGAGAAAGCCCCCACCCUCUCUCUAUCCUUUUUUUCCCCACGCCUUCACCCAUCCAUCCGCCCAUUCUUCCAUCCAUAUUUCGGUCCUCUACGUGUGCGUGUGCACCCCACCCCGCCCCUUCAUCCUACUGCUGACGCUACAACCCCCCUCCCCUCAGCACAGGCACACACCCCUUUCUCUCUCUCUCUCUCUCUCUCUCUCUCUCUCUCUUUCUGUCUUUCGUUUUUCCCACCACUCCUCCACCUCCAGGAGGGAUAUGAAUAAUCCAUGCGCGCGGGAAGAAGCUGCCGCAGCGAGGAGAUCGGCGCACGUACACCGACAGGCACACACACACGCAAACGCGGGCAGGCAGGCAGGCGCACGCGCGACUCUGCUGCCUGCUGAAUCUGCAGCGGCACCCGGCUCCAUCAUCCCUUCCUCCCUUUUUUCUCGUCCUCUGCCAUGUUCUGCUUCUGCCUGCAGGGCUCGCUCCUAAAGCUCCAGGCUCUGGAGGAGGACUCCAGCCCACCUCUGGGACGCUCGCCCGAAGACAGCCCACCCGGCCUGGGCUUUAGAGAGGACCCCCAGACCCCCUCGCGCGCCAGCCUGAGAGAGGACAUUAGCCCGCAAGACUGCAGACAGGCUGAAGUGGACUACAUUGAGCCCCAGCAGUCCCAGAGUCCCGGACCCAGUCGGCUCAUCUACUCCAUCACAGACGGGAACAGCCCCCUGCCCUCCCCCCGCUGCGCCAGCCUCAGCCUUAGCCAGAGAUUCAACACCGACCCCGAGAGCGCACCAUCACCCCCCUGCUUCCAGCAGCUUAUCAUGCCUCGAGCUGUGGUCAGACCUGGGGCUGCAGAUGAUGCUAAAGAUGUGCCAUCUAUCCCUUUACUCACCAAACACAUCCAAGCUCUAAAGAGGAAAAUACGAAAGUUUGAAGAACGAUUCGAGCAGGAGAUGAACUACAAGCCUUCCCACAACGACAAAUCAGCAAAUCCAGAAAUGUUCAGACUCAUGAGUGAACUGGCCCGGUCACGCAAGCAGCUCAAAGAGCUGAAGUUGAAGCAGUCUGUUGAGGAGUCUCGAGGUCAGGAGAACGGGGAGCCCAUCGACGUCUGCAGGAACUCCAACGGGCUCCAGGAGGCGACAGAGCUGCAGCAGCACAAGCCCUCGCUGGAGGAGACGGUGGACCUGCUGCUGAAGAGGCUGAUGGAGAAACGCCAAGCCCUGGGCCUACCAGACAACAUGAAGGAGAUGACCCACAGGCAGAUGGCCCUGGAGAAGCUCACGCUGCAGAAAUGCCUCCUUUAUUUCGAGAGCCUUCACGGACGACCGGGCACCAAGCAGGAGAGGAACCUGGUGAAGCCGCUGUAUGACAGAUACCAGAUGGUCAAGCAUCUACUGUGUGCCAUUCCUACAAUUACCACCAUAGAGGAAGAGGAAGGGUCUGAUGAAGACUACGUGCAGAACACACCACCACCUCCACGCCAGCCCACGCCAGAGUCGAUGGACGAGGAGGAGGAUGAUGAAGAGGACAGCGACCCGGCCUUCGUCUCCCCGCUGGACGAAGUGAAAGCAGUGCGACAUCCAGGUCUCACCAUGUCCAACCUCCACGCAGCCUCCAAGUCUGAGCUGCUGGAGUGUCUGCGAGAGACGCGGGCGGAGAAGAAGAGGAGACGGAAAGCUAUCAGAGAGUUCGAGGAGCAGUUCUUCAGACAGAUGGGCAGGACUGCACAAAAGGAUGACCGGAUUCCGAUGGCGGAGGAAUACCAAGAGUACAAAAGCCUGAAAGCCAAACUGCGACUGCUGGAGGUUCUGCUUAGCAAACAGGAAACCACAAAGACUAUGUGAAAUGUGCACAUAUAUAUAUCAUAUAUAUAUAUAUAUAUAUAUAUAUCCCUGUUUGCCUUUCAGUACAGACCCAGAUGUUUGGACCAAAACAUAUUGGCUGCGUCCCAAAUGCAUACCACACACUAAAACUAUAAAGUAAAGACUGUGGGCCCUAUUUUACACCCUGUGCAAGGCAUGUUGUGAUGCUCAUUGCUAUCUCAACAGUCUAUUUUCAGGUAAGCUCCUGCAUCCUUUAAAUAGCGACUGUGCUUGUGCAUAUAUCUACACCUUUGGGCAUGGUGGUAUGGAAAUGAGGUGUGUUCAGGUAAAUUUUUGCCGUAUUGCUAUCUUGGCAACAGAAAGCACAGGUGCUCCACACUGAGUGAAAACAACCUAGACAGAGGUCAACAGUCAGAUGUUCAUUGCUAUCUUGUCAGCGAAUUGUGAACACAGGCAAAUCCCCAAUGUGCAUACACCCCUGUUAUGCACACAUGGACACGCAGCAGUGCACAAAUCCAACGAUCAGGUCAGUUUCCUCUUCUGAGAAGCGUUGGACGCGUCCAGGAGGCUGCGGCAUUAAAAUAGCAAUCUACCAAAGUCAGAGCGCACUUGGCACCUGGCUCAUCAGAUUGGUUUAUUGAACAUUACAGCCAAAACAAGCCCAUGAUUAAUUUAGAGAAUUAGUACAUGCCUUUGCGUGUUUUGAGCAGCUCAAGGCAUACUUUUCCCAUCGUUAUGAUAGCAAAGACACACUGAAACGCUGUAUCCAUUGUGGACAUUAUCAAUAAUACACACUCCACAAUCAAAAUCUCAUUAGUAUUAGUAAUUGAUAUGCAUUUGGGACGCCCCAUGGUUUUUUUCUUACAUUUUACAUGCUCGUGCCAUAAUAACACUACAAUGCACUUUACUGUUGAUUCUCUUAAUAUUGACUGAAGCUGCCCAAACGUCCCAGACAUAGGGGUUCGUCAGAAUUUAUGAAUUUAUAAAAUUAUGAAUUUAAUGCCUGCAUGACAUUCUAUGUAAAUACAGGUGUCUGUUCUAUAUUGUGCUGAUACUUCAUUCCAAACCUCAGUGGAUUCUGACAGAGUGAAGAAAAAGAAAAACGAAACGAACAAAGAAAAAAAAAUAGUUGUUUAUCGAGGCUAUGCUCAUGAAUUAUGGCACUUUACCGCAUUUUUUGAAGAGAUUUUGUUCUUUUGAUUACCAAAGCCUGAACCAAUAUGCAAUUUUUUUCUCGGUUUCUUGUUCUAAUCUGAGUUUGCGUCGCUCUGAGCUGAUCGGCGACGUGGCGGUCGACGCUUGAUCCUCAGGGGGUCUGUGAAGAGGGGCUAAAUACUUUUUAACUUUUUAAGUCUUAUGCCCGAUUCCUCACGCUUAAUGAGGAAUUAAAAUCCAGAGCACUUAAUUACACAGAAUUACAAUCAUAUACAAACUCCCUGCAGCUCCCUGCAACACUUUACAAUAAGGGUCACAAUUAACAGUACUUACAGCAGUGAUAAACAUCAUUAAAUGGUUAAGCAAUGCCCCAACUACAGUAAUUAUAAAUUCAUACUAGUUAAGACUUUAUUAAAUCAGUGCUUAUGUGAAUGUUGUAAAUAAUAAUGAAUUGAAUAAUAAUGUGUAAUGGUUAAUAAUGUCUUAGCUAGUGUCAUUAAUAAUUUUAAAGUUAAGGCAUUUUGGCAUAAGUACUUAAUUGAUAAUUAAUGUACCCUUAGUGUAAAGUGUUACUGAUAACAAUAAACAUCGAUAAACAGUGGUGAUCGAUCGAUCGAUCGAUAGACUGAUAGAUAGAACAGGAACAGUACAGAAUGUAUCUAUGUAAUGUGCUGCCAUGAAAUGGACAGAAGAAACAGGAAUGAAAGUGGCACAGAAAGAGAAGCGUAACUGCGAAUAGAAAAUAUAAGCUAAUAUACAGAAGCAGAAUUCUAACAAACUAUUUUGUUUCAGAAGAUAUUUAAAGAGUUUAAUGUAUAACUGCGUGUUUUAUGAAGCACAAUGGACCUGUUUCGUACAGUCCAGUACUGCGACAAACAGGAACAGAAAGAAAAAUAGAAAAGCCCACCGAAAGCUACCCGACCCGCCCCACCUGAAACAGUGAUGGAACAGUACUUAUCUAGUAUCUAAGAGCAGGAGAUACGUGUGCUCAGCUCAGUGUGGCAGAAAUGGCUGCCAAUUCCUGUAACAGUAACGGUACGUGUCCACUAGCACUUUAGAACGUGACGCAUCCUGUUCAUUUCAAUAGAGAAAUGCAACGGUGUUUCCGUAUUUUCACUAUUAAUCAAGGUCUAUUUUCUGGUCUAUUUUCCUACAAAAGGCCAGGGUUAGCAGUGCUAGCCAGCUGCAGUUAGCACUAGUAAAGGCUGUCCAAUAGCUCUAGCCUGAGGAACCCUGAGUGUUCUGGCAACCCAGAAUGCCAUCCGCUAGCAGUUCAUCCCAUGUAGCUUGUUUUAGCACGGUAAAUGUGCAGACUACAGUCCAACAUGCUCACCUUUGAAUAGUGAAAGGGCUAUAGCUCCCGUUAGCGGCUAAUGCUAAUGCAGCUGCACUCAGCCUCAGAGCUGAAGAAACUUCACUGAAACUCCUUUAUAAUGCUGUACUUCAGCGGAGUAGCUUUACUGCUCUUCACAACCUGACUGGUAGAAUACAUACAUAAGGCGCACCGGGUUAAAAGGUGCACUGUCAAUUUCUAGAAAAUGAAAGCAAUCUAUGUAGUUUGAAAAAUACAGUAUAUCAGAGAAUCCCUUCUGGGUUUGUCCAAAAGUCCAAAAUGAAUGCGUUCAUGAGGAGAAUUUGAGCAAUUGCAUUACAAGAUUUAGCCAAAAGGUUUUGUUUGGAAUUCAACGUUUAGCCAAAUGUUUUUGGACGCAGCUGUAUUAUUCAAACAUAUUUGAGUUCCAUUAUUUAGUCAAACACUUUUGGACUCCAACAGCAGAAUUAAAACAGCUUUCCUACACACUACAUUCAUCAGUUUGCAUCAGUUUAACAGUUAUUGACAAAUUUAAACCGCAACACUCCAACUUUACUAGUUUUUUAAGAACUAGUAACAUUAUGACAGCAAUGCAUGUAAGCUCCUAUAACUUUAGUCUUACAGCUUUUCUGCAGUUUUAACAAUGUGCCCUAAUAAUGUACACGACUUAAAGUAAAAGAACCUUACCUUUCUAGUUUUAUUUUGAGUUUAUAUCUAUUUAGCUCCAUUAACCCCCAUUCAUUCGGGGUUCUUCUAGCAGUCAUUUACUGAUUUAAAGGGCAAAAUAUGAAAUACAGUGUAUCACAAAAGUGAGUACACCCCUCACAUUUCUGCAGAUAUUGAAGUAUAUCUUUUUAUGGGACAACACUGACAAAAUGACACUUUGACACAAUGAAAAGUAGUCUGUAAAAGUAGUGUGCAGCUUAUAUAACAGUGUACAUUUAUUCUAUCCUCAAAAUAACUCAAUAUACAGCCAUUAAUGUCUAAACCACCAGCAACUGCGGAAAUUUGAGGAAUGUACUCACUUUUGUGAAACACUGUAGGUAGACUCCCAAUACACCGCCUCAGUGUGAGGUUAAAAAUUCAUUCAAAAGUUGCAACUUGCUCUUAUAGCCUACAACACUGUUUAGUUGUGUCACAGACAUGCCCACACAACAAAUGUAGAGAAAUCUGGCACGGCAAAAUGCGUCAAAUAAAAAAAUGCUAGUGGACUCGAACCGUAAGUGUAUCUCUGUUCUCUCUAAAUAAAAAGAAUCAACACGGCUCCCUCCUCCUCCUCUUAUUUCACCUAUUGUUUCAACUGCAAUGACCCGUUACAGUCGUGUUGAGUGUCUCUGCAUGCCAGUCUUCUUAAGAAAAAAAAAAAAAAAAGUUGUUGAACUGUUCUGCAAUCAGAUGUGGUUUGUUCUGUGUUAUAUCUGCUAUGUUCCAGAUUUAACCGGAUUCGGUUCAGUGUACACAGCCACGAUGAUCAACUACUCUAUUUGAAUGUUAGCUUUUAGUGCACGUUCCUUUCUGCAUUGGUUUAUGCAGCAGAUUUGUGAGUUUCUGCUUAUUUAUUUAUUUACUUGUUCAUUUAUUUUGCUCUACUGUGAACUUGCCACACAAAAAAACCCUCGGUAUUGUGCACUUCUGGUUCCGUCCAUUUUCUAUACACCAAUAAAAAAUAAAUAUUUUUCUAUUUAUA